AUGUCUCAUUUUUGCGCAGUACGAGUAUGCCGCGAGCGUCGACAUUUAGCAAAAAAGAGAUUAUCGAAGCGUAAUUUGAAAAAGUUACCAGUCAAAAAGUUUAGAAAAGGUGAUGCGGAGGAAUCGUGCGCUAUAUGCAUUGAUGACUUUGUUGAUGGUGAAAAAUUGCGUGUCUUACCUUGUAAUCAUGUGAAAAGCAUUAGUGAUUUAUAUGCUUAUUCAGCUUAUCAUUGUAAAUGCAUCGAUCCUUGGCUGACGAAAGUUCGAAAAGUUUGUCCCAUAUGCAAACGAAAAGUUUUGUCAUCAGAAGAGUCUCAUUCAUCAGAUUCCGACAAUGAUGGUCGCGAUUCUACAUCAGCAUCGGGUUCUACAACGGUAUAUCGUGAAAACGCUCCAUUACUUCGUAAUGCUGAGGCAUUCGCAUCUGGAAGUCCCUCAACACCCACUCAGAGAAUAGGACCUCGAAGAAAUACGCAAGGUAGACAUAGGCCGCCCUUACGCGUGAUUAUAACAUCCCCUACUGAUACUCCUUUACCAGCGCCUGGAACAGAUUAUGUAACUACCACUGAUGGGGAAAUUCGUGGUACGGGUGGUACCACCAGUGCAAUAUCAAGUCGAAUUGAAGCAGUGUCCGGAACAUUAUAUCGAACUUUACGUUCAUAUUAUCAGCAAAUUGCCAGUAGGUCGAUACGUGUCGCAUGGGGAAAUGCUACGAGUGAACCAGUAUGCGAAUCUGAACCAAGUGCACAAAGGCCUUUUGUAGUCGACAAUAAUGCUUUUGAUGAAAGCAAUGAAGCGCUUAAUAUAGAAGGCUCUUCUGUUGCUAGUCAACUUGAUCCUGAAGCUGCAGGUAUUUUUCCUGCAGAAGGGAUUACGGUAAGUGAAAGAGAUCGCUGUCUAAUCGCAGCAUCUGGCAGAUUAACUCGUGCUGAUCCUAAAUUAAAGGCCGAACUAUCCAGUGAUAAUCAACAAAAUAUAGAUAUUUUGUUUUACACAGCUUUAACCAUCACCAUCGAAAGAGUCCGUACUAGCGAGCCUAUUGCAAAUGUAUCAGUAUGUACAAGACAUGGCGAUUCGACAGAACAUGAUUUGAAUAUUGGCGAGCAAGCUUUAAUGGAUGAAUUUGGAACUACAAGCGGUGUUGAGGAAGAACAUGGUUGA